CUAUCACCAUCACCACCAUCUCCAUCACCACCACCAUCACCAUCACCACCAUCAUCACCACCAUCACCAUCAUCACCACCAUCACCACCAUCAUCACCAUCAUCACCAUCAUCACCACCAUCACCACCAUCAUCACCACCAUCACCACCAUCACUAUUACCAUCACCACCACCAUCACCAUCACCAUCAUCACCACCAUCAUCACCACCAUCAUCACUAUCACCAUCAACACCAUCUCCAUCACCACCACCAUCACCAUCAUCACCACCAUCACCAUCAUCACCACCACUAUUACCAUCACCACCACCAUCAUCACCAUCAUCAUCAUCAUUGUCACCAUCACCAUCAUUAUCUCCAUUAUCACCACCACCAUCAUCACCACCACCAUCACCAUCAUCACCAUCAUCACCACCAUCAUCACCACCAUCAUCACUAUCACCAUCAACACCAUCUCCAUCACCACCACCAUCACCAUCACCAUCAACACCAUCUCCAUCACCACCACCAUCACCAUCACCAUCAUCACCACCAUCACCAUCAUCACCACCAUCAUCACCACCACCACCAUCACCACCAUCAUCACCACCACCAUCACCACCACCAUCACCAUCAUCACCACCAUCACUAUUACCAUCACCACCACCAUCAUCAUCAUCAUUGUCACCAUCACCAUCAUUAUCUCCAUUAUCACCACCACCACCAUCACCACCACCAUCACCAUCAUCACCACCAUCACCACCAUCACUAUUACCAUCACCACCACCAUCACCAUCACCAUCAUCACCACCAUCAUCACCACCAUCAUCACUAUCACCAUCAACACCAUCUCCAUCACCACCACCAUCACCAUCACCAUCAUCACCACCAUCACCAUCAUCACCACCACUAUUACCAUCACCACCACCAUCAUCACCAUCAUCAUCAUCAUUGUCACCAUCACCAUCAUUAUCUCCAUUAUCACCACCACCAUCAUCACCACCACCAUCACCAUCAUCACCAUCAUCACCACCAUCAUCACCACCAUCAUCACUAUCACCAUCAACACCAUCUCCAUCACCACCACCAUCACCAUCACCAUCAACACCAUCUCCAUCACCACCACCAUCACCAUCACCACCAUCAACAUCAUCACCACCAUCACCACCAUCAUCACCACUAUCACCAUCAUCACCAUCAUCACCACCAUCAUCACCACCAUCACCAUCAUCACCAUCAUCACCACCAUCACUAUUACCAUCACCACCACCAUCAUCAGUAUCAUCAUCAUCAUUGUCACCAUCACCAUCAUUAUCUCCAUUAUCACCACCACCAUCAAAACCAUCUCCAUCACCAGAACCAUCACCAUCACCAUCAUCACCACCAUCACCAACAUCACCACCACUAUUACCAUGACCACCACCAUCAUCACCAUCAUCAUCAUCAUUGUCACCAUCACCAUCAUUAUCUCCAUUAUCACCACCACCAUCAUCACCACCACCAUCACCAUCAUCACCAUCAUCACCACCAUCAUCACUAUCACCAUCAACACCAUCUCCAUCACCACCACCAUCACCAUCACCAUCAACACCAUCUCCAUCACCACCACCACCAUCACCACCAUCAUCACCAUCACCAUCAUCACCACCAUCACCAUCACCACCAUCACCAUCAUCACCACCAUCACUAUUACCAUCACCACCACCAUCAUCAUCAUCAUUGUCACCAUCACCAUCAUUAUCUCCAUUAUCACCACCACCAUCAUCACCACCACCAUCACCAUCAUCACCGUCAUCACCACCAUCAUCACCACCAUCACCACCAUCACCACCACAACCAUCGCCAUCAUUUUGCCAAUAUCAUUAUUUAGUAUUUACUUAG